GAGAGGUCAGCCGAGCACCGGUCACCGGGGAGUACCAUGGCGGGGCUCUGGGUGGGAGCGGUGGCCCUGGUGGCGGCCGGCGGACGAGGGCGGCGGCCACCACAACAGUUGAUGAAGAGUGCGGGCUUAUGGACCCUGAAGCAUGUUCCACCCUAUUCAAGACAGUGCCUAGUGGUGUCCCGUAGCCUGGGCUCAGCAGGAUUUGAUCCUAAUGAAAAAACAUUUGAUAAAAUUCUUAUUGCUAAUCGAGGAGAAAUUGCAUGUAGGGUUAUUAAAACUUGCAAGAAGAUGGGCAUUAAAACAGUUGCCAUCCACAGUGAUGUUGAUGCUAGUUCUGUUCAUGUGAAAAUGGCCGAUGAGGCCGUCUGUGUUGGCCCAGCUCCCACCAGUAAAAGCUACCUCAACAUGGAUGCCAUCAUGGAAGCCAUUAAGAAAACCCGGGCCCAAGCUGUUCAUCCAGGUUAUGGAUUCCUUUCAGAAAACAAAGACUUCGCCAAGUGUUUGGCAGCAGAAGAUGUCAUUUUCAUUGGGCCCGAUACACAUGCUAUUCAAGCCAUGGGUGACAAGAUUGAAAGCAAAUUAUUAGCCAAGAAAGCAAAGGUUAACACAAUUCCUGGCUUUGAUGGAGUAGUCAAGGAUGCAGAUGAAGCCGUCAGGAUUGCAAAGGAAAUUGGCUACCCUGUCAUGAUCAAGGCCUCAGCAGGUGGCGGUGGGAAAGGCAUGCGCAUCGCUUGGAAUGAUGAAGAGACCAGAGAUGGUUUUAGAUUUUCAUCUCAAGAAGCUGCUUCUAGUUUUGGUGAUGAUAGGCUACUAAUAGAAAAAUUUAUUGAUAACCCUCGUCAUAUAGAAAUCCAGGUUUUAGGUGAUAAACAUGGAAAUGCCUUGUGGAUUAAUGAAAGAGAGUGCUCAAUUCAGAGAAGAAAUCAGAAGGUGGUGGAGGAAGCACCAAGCACUUUUUUGGAUCCUGAGACUCGAAGAGCAAUGGGAGAACAAGCUGUGGCUCUUGCCAAAGCAGUGCACUAUUCCUCUGCUGGAACUGUGGAGUUCCUUGUAGACUCCAAAAAGAAUUUUUACUUCUUGGAAAUGAAUACCAGACUCCAGGUUGAGCAUCCUGUCACAGAAUGCAUUACUGGCCUGGACAUAGUCCAAGAAAUGAUCCGUGUUGCUAAGGGUUACCCUCUCAGGCACAAACAAGCUGAUAUUCCCAUCAACGGCUGGGCAAUUGAAUGUCGGGUUUAUGCUGAGGACCCCUACAAGUCUUUUGGUUUACCAUCUAUUGGAAGAUUGUCUCAGUAUGAAGAACCCAUGCAUCUACCUGGUGUCCGGGUUGACAGUGGCAUCCAACCAGGAAGUGAAAUCAGCAUUUAUUAUGACCCUAUGAUUUCAAAACUAGUUACAUAUGGCUCUAAUAGAAAGGAAGCAUUAAAGAGAAUGGAAGAUGCACUGGAUAAUUAUGUGAUUCGAGGUGUUACACAUAAUAUUGCAUUACUUCGAGAGGUGAUUAUCAACUCCCGCUUUAUAAAAGGUGACAUCACCACUAAAUUUCUCUCUGAAGUAUAUCCUGAUGGCUUUAAAGGACAUAUUUUAUCAGAGAGUGAGAAAAAACAGUUAUUGGCGAUAGCAUCAUCAUUGUUCGUGGCAUCCCAGUUACGGGCACGUCAAUUUUACCAGCAUACGAGAGUGCCUGUUAUGAAAUCAGAUGUGGAUACCUGGGAGCUUUGGAUAAAGCUGCAGGAUGAGCAGCAUACUGCCCUAGCAUCCAGCAGUGGCUCAACAUUCUCUGUGGAAGUUGGCGGGUCGAAACUAAAAUUGACCAGUACGUGGAACCUGGCUUUGCCCUUACUGUCUGUCAGCAUUGAUGGCACUGAGCGGACUGUGCAGUGUCUUUCUCGAGAGGCAAAUGGAAGCAUGAACAUUCAGUUUCUUGGUACAGUGUACAAGGUGCAUGUCUUUACCAAACUUGCGGCGGAACUGAGCAGAUUCAUGCCGGAGAAAGUGGCCGAGGACACGAGCAGCAUCCUGCGCUCCCCGAUGCCCGGCGUGGUGGUGGCCGUCUCCGUCAAGCCUGGAGACAUGGUAGCGGAAGGUCAGGAAAUUUGUGUGAUUGAAGCCAUGAAAAUGCAGAACAGUAUGACAGCUGGGAAAACUGGCAAGGUGAAGCUGGUGCACUGUAAAACUGGAGACACCGUUGGAGAAGGAGAUCUGCUCGUGGAGCUGGAAUGAAGGAUUUACAGUCUUAUAGUCACCACCCACCCUAAUUAGCCAUUUGUGUUAUUCUCUCACACUCAACUUAUUCAGGCAUUUUACGGGAAUACUCCUGGACAGCAGGUUUUACAUCAGCAUAUUUAUUCCUCAGAAGAAGCAAAAUCAACAUUCUGCCAAAAAAAAUCACCAAUGGAAAUUUUCAUUGAUAUAAAUACUUGUACAUACGAUUUGUACUUCUGCUGUGAGAUUUCCUAGUGUCAAAAUUCAAUCAAUAAAACCAAGCAUUUGUCUAAA